CGCAUGCGUAUUUAUCUUCCUCUUUGAACGCCAUAUAAACUUCUCUUUAGAAGGUUUAAAUUCAAAAAUGUCGAAGUCAGUGCAAGUGUUCGGUCGUAAGAAAACUGCAACUGCAGUUGCAUAUUGCAAGGAAGGUAAUGGAAUGGUUAGAGUGAACGGUCAACCACUUCAUCUUGUCCAGCCAGAAACAUUAAAGUUUAAGCUCGAAGAACCAAUUCUGUUAUUGGGAAAAGAAAAAUUCGAAGGUGUUGAUAUCAGAGUCCGGGUUAAAGGUGGUGGUCAUGUUUCACAAGUCUAUGCUAUCAGACAAGCAAUUGCCAAGUCCUUGGUCGCAUAUUACCAGAAAUACGUGGAUGAGGCAUCAAAGAAGGAAAUCAAAGAUAUCCUAACGCAAUAUGAUCGUUCUCUCUUGGUUGCUGAUCCCAGACGUAGUGAGGCAAAGAAGUUUGGUGGUCCAGGGCCCAGAGCUCGCUACCAGAAAUCAUACCGUUAAUAUUAUCAUUACAGUAUGUAUUCUAGUGCAGUCAUGCCAUUAAAUGAUAUUAUUUGAA